AUGGCCGAACCAAUGGACGUCGACGAGCCCGUGGCCAUCCCGGCCCCCGCUGCUCCCGCAAAGCCUGUCAACGCCAUGGCCGCCAUGAUGGCCGCCGCAAAGGACAACAAGGGCAAGGGUAAAGCCGUGUCCGCCGCCGACGACAAGGAGGGUCUUCCAUGGGUCGAAAAGUACCGUCCCGAGACGCUCGACGAGGUCGUCUCGCACCACGACAUUACAGCUACAAUUGAGAAGUUCAUCGAGGCUGGGCGGUUGCCGCACCUCUUGUUCUACGGACCACCAGGAACCGGCAAGACCUCGACCGUCCUCGCACUUGCGCGCCGCAUAUACGGCACGCAGUACAAGAAGCACAUUCUCGAGCUCAAUGCCUCUGAUGACCGUGGUAUCGACGUUGUCCGUGAACAGAUCAAGAGCUUUGCUGCGACCAAAGUGCUUUUCUCUAAGGGAUUCAAGCUCAUCAUCCUCGACGAGGCGGACAUGAUGACGCAGGCGGCGCAGGGAGCUCUUCGUCGUGUCAUCGAGCAGCACACCAAGAACGUCCGUUUCGCUAUUCUGUGCAACUACGUCAACAAGAUUACCCCCGCCAUCCAGUCGCGUUGCACGCGUUUCCGCUUCUCCCCUCUGCCAGAGACGGAGGUGGCCAAGAAGGUCGACGACGUCGUGAUCAAGGAAUGCGUCAACCUCACUCCAGACGGCCGCGCAGCCCUCCUCAAGCUCUCGCGCGGUGACAUGCGUCGCGCCCUCAACGUCCUCCAAGCCUGCCAUGCGGCUUAUGAGACCAUUGAUGAGACCGCAGUGUACACGUGCACGGGCAACCCUCACCCUUCCGACAUUCAGCGUGUGGUGGAGAGCAUGAUGCAGGACGAGUUUGGUACUGCGUUCAGCACCAUCACCGCACUCAAGACGGACAAGGGUCUGGCCCUGCAAGACCUCAUUGCUGGGGCGUACGAUUACCUCGAGUCUGUCGACUUGCCACCCAACAGCCGGGUCUAUCUCAUGGACCACCUGGCGUCGACAGAACAUCGCCUGUCCCUCGGUGGCUCGGAGAAGAUGCAGCUUUCGGCGCUUCUGGGCGCAUUCAAGGUCGCCGUCGAGCUGUCGCAGAAGAACAAAUGA